AUGAAGAAACUUAACCACCCGAACUUGGUGUCCUUGAUCGAGGUUUUGGAUGACCCCACUGAGGACUCCCUCUAUAUGGUGAUGGAAAUGUGCAAGAAAGGCGUCGUUAUGAGGGUCGGCCUUGAGGAGAGAGCAGAUCCCUAUCCUGACCACGUCUGCCGGUACUGGUUUCGAGACCUGAUCUUGGGAAUUGAAUACCUCCAUGCCCAAGGAGUGGUUCAUCGGGACAUAAAACCAGACAAUUGCUUGGUCACUGACGAUGAUGUGCUCAAAGUGGUCGACUUUGGGGUUUCGGAAAUGUUCUCCAAGGACUCCGAGAUGUUGACCGCUAAAUCUGCGGGGAGCCCUGCCUUUCUUCCGCCUGAGCUCUGUAUCGCUCGUCAUGGUGAUGUCUCUGGUCGAGCUGCGGAUAUAUGGUCCAUGGGUGUAACCUUGUACUGCCUAAAAUAUGGGAAGAUACCUUUCGAGAAGACCGGCAUCUUCGAGUUGUACGAGGCCAUCAAGACCGAAACACCGGAUUUGGAUACAGAAAGUGACGAGGACUUCAGAGACCUAAUGCAAAGGCUUCUGGAGAAGGAUCCUUCCAAGCGGAUUAAAAUGCCCGAAUUGAGAGUGAGUCUGAAAGCGCGCCCCUUCCUUGUGCAAAUGUCUCGACCAGCUAAUCCCAACGGAAUUCAGGAUCAUCCUUGGGUAACUCAACGAGGAUCUGACAAAUUGCUGUCUGAGGAAGAAAACACCUCUGACCUUGUCGAGCCGCCCACUGCAGCCGAAAUGAAUGCCGCUAUAACAAACAAUAUAGGAAACUUGAUGACUGUUAUGAAAGCGGUGAACAAAUUCAAGUCUCUGCUGGACAAGAACAAAUCUCCACCAUUGAAAUCUAUCUUAGGAGAGGGGGCAGACGCACAUUUCUCCCAUCCUCCUGCCAGCAUACCACGGCAGGAUCACAUCUCCCUCCCUCCAAAACCCCAUAAUUACACAUUCGGAGCAGGUGAGGCGCAAGUCGAGGGUCAAAAAGAAGUUAUUCGUCAUGAAUUGAAGAAGCUGCACAUUCAACCCGUACCUACUUUGAGUAUUGAUGAUACAACCCUGAAUGAGCCAGAGCGCUCGGCAACUCUCGUGAGCGAGGCAAGUACAGAUUCAGAUGAAGGAAUAUCUAAAUUACGGACUAUCGCAGACACGGAAUUUUUGGACCCAACAAAAUUACCACCGUUCCGCUCUAGCAGACCACGUACAGCUUCGGCGGAUGAAAUUGGCAACCGGGGACACGCGCGCGAUCCUCUCCAAGAACAGUUGUUCCUCUAUAUAGGGCCGUCAACAUUUUCAGGUACGAGCUCCUAUCCCGCGGAUGGCAACGGUUUCGUACCCGAUGGCGACACUGUACCGAUCGUCAGUGAAAGCCCAGGAGCGGCCGACAUGGACAUUUACGAGACAGCUUACCGCGACGAGAUUGAACGCAUCAUGGCAAGGGCUCAAGAGCAGAACAAGGAGCCGAACGUCUAUCUCACACGCCGUGUAGAUGCCAAACUGAUGAGAAUCAGUGGACUCGCAGGAAAAUGGGCUGCGAUGGGUGAAGAUGCCAAAAAUCAAUUUAAAGAUUAUACACAGUUCUCCACUCGUAAAGCACGAGUGACCGAAGUCAGCCGUGCUCUUCGGCAAGCAGCGCGAGAGGAAUAUGAGAAGCGGAAGCAGGAGCGCAGAGAAUGGAUCGCUGCAGAAAAAGCACGACGAUCUGAGAGAUCCGAGAGUCAAGACCCAGCGAAAGCAUCACCACUACCUCAGCAAUCAUGGAGCGAAGUAGAUUCAAGCUCAACCCUUCCACUAUCACCUAGUGGCAGGAAUCCAUCAGCCUGGAAAGGCAGGGCUGUAGAUAAAGGAAGACAGGCGAAGACAUCGAUUCGAGGUCUCGUGGACACACUGAAGAGCCGCACCAGAUCGAAAGACGAUGAGCCAUAA